UUUGGGGCCAGGUGGAAGGGGCGGAGGUAUCCAGAAGCGGCCAGUGGUGGCUGUCCGACGGUCCCCCACCCCCUCCACGCAGUGCAAGCCGCACGGGAGCAGGGAGAGGGCGCGAGCGGCGGGGCCUGCUGCAUUUCCAGCUCGGGCACUGCUGCGUGCGACUCCGGCGAGGGACCCCACGGCGCUCAGUCGGGAAUCGGGCAGCAUGGAACCGCAGGCGCGAGGUUUGUUGGAGACUGAUACACUGCAAGGAAGAGAUGAAGAUUCAGUAGCCAGUGCUGACUUCUCUAACACUCUCUCUGAGGAGGAAAAAGAAGAAUUAAAGGCAGAACUAGUACAGUUGGAAGACGAAAUCACUACUCUUCGACAAGUUUUAUCAGCAAAAGAAAGACAUCUGGUUGAAAUAAAACAAAAACUCGGCAUGAACCUGAUGAAUGAAUUAAAGCAGAACUUCAGCAAAAGUUGGCAUGACAUGCAAACUACCACUGCCUACAAGAAAACACAUGAAACCCUGAGUCACGCAGGGCAGAAGGCUACUGCAGCUUUCAGCAAUGUGGGGACAGCCAUCAGCAAGAAAUUUGGAGAUAUGAGGUCUCAUUCCAUUGGCUACUCCAUUCGCCAUUCCAUAAGUAUGCCUGCUAUGAGGAAUUCUCCUACUUUCAAAUCUUUUGAGGAGAGGGUUGAGACAACUGUCACAAGCCUUAAGACGAAAGUAGGCGGAACGAACCAGGGCAGAGGGAGCUUCGAAGAGGUGCUCAGCUCUACUGCACAUGCCAGUGCACAGAGCUCUACCGGCGGCCCUCUGCGCAGUGAUGAAGAGCUGAAGUGCUAGAAUCUUCCCACCCCGCCGUGCACCCUCACGUGAAAACCCUGGCCUCCACUCUGAUCUUCAAAUGCCCCCGCACUACCACCGACGAGUAAAAUGAUUUCUAUCUGCGUUUGUGUUGCUCAUGAGACACGCCUGACCAUCGCACUCUUGAGUUUUCACCCAUUGUCAACUUUUCAGAUUGGUCCCCUGGAUACAAAACAGGGCAGAACCCACCUCUGUGUCAUUCAACAAAGGGUUUCCCACCAUAGCUCUUAGUUUUGGUUCCUGGUGUGCAUGUCUUGGAGGGCAUUCCCGUUCCUUCAGUUCCAUCCUUUCUGCCAGGAUGGAGCGCUCACCAUCUCCAAAAAUGGCAGUACUCACUGCACACGUCUUCCGACUGCUUGUGAUCCCUUGCUCACAUCAAUUAUGUACGUUUAUUUAAGAAAUUAAAAUUAAUUGGUUUUAAUAACGACUCUGAAUUCUUAAUUUAAGUCUUCAGGGGUAUGGCUGAACUUAAAAGGGGGUGUCUGGGUGUCUGUGAUUCUGCAGAUGCUAUAUUUAAGUCAGAUCCUGCU